AUGGCAUCCGACGAGAUAGUGUGGCAGUAUAUCGGGCACAAUCACUGCUCGUUCAAGCUGAAACUACCUCACCACAACUCAAAGCAAGUAAACACCUUCUGCCGUAACGAACACAAUGUCACAGGCCUCUGCAACCGACAAUCCUGUCCACUGGCCAACUCACGAUAUGCCACGAUACGCUCGGAUCCCGCGACUGGAAGACUGUACCUAUACAUCAAGACUGUCGAACGAUCGCAUCUGCCAAAUCGGUGGUGGGAGAAGAUUCGGUUGAGCAGCAACUACACAAAAGCCCUUCAGCAGGUCGACGAGAGGCUGAUAUACUGGCCGAAGUUCUUGCUACAUAAGUGCAAACAGCGUCUGACAAGACUGACCCAAGUCCGAGUUCGAGCCCAGAAGCUAGCUAAGGAGGAAGAGCGACUGGGUGAGCGCAUGGUCACACGCAUGGCACCUAAGAUCAGGCGGCGAGAAGAGACGCGUGAGAGAAAAGCAGAAGCUGCUGCCAAGAUCGAGCGUGCGAUCGAGAGAGAGCUGGUGGAACGAUUACGAAGUGGUGCCUAUGGUGAUCGGCCUUUGAACGUGGAGGAGAAUGUCUGGAAGAAGGUCAUGCGUGGGCUGGAGAGGAGUCAGGAAGGUGAAAGGGACGCGGAUCUGGAUGAUGGCAUACUUGAGGAGGAAGAAGGUGUGGAGUACGAAUAUGAGCGCGAGCCUGGAGAAAGAGAGACAGAGGCAGAUGUGGAAUAUGUCAGUGAUCUCGAGGAGUCGGAUGACGAAGCUGGAGACAUGGAGGAAUUUGACGAUUGGCUGGGAGGUGACAGUGCGUACGAGCAGGAUGGCGAGGACGAUGAUGACGCGAGCGACGAUGGAGAGGAGGGAGGAGACAGUGGUACGGCUGCGGCACUGAAGCAGAAGCUGGAAGGCCUGAAGAGGAAAAGGAACGAUGCGCCGCCACCGAAGCCACGGAAGAAGCCUUCGAAGGGUCCGAAGACGAAUAUCGAGUAUGAGUAUGUGCCGGAACCGCCGCAGAGAGCCAUGGAGCUGGCAAGAUAG